AGACAACUAUUCUUAAAUGGUAAUCGAGACAAUCUCGAUGAUGAGCAAUUCAUAAAUAUAGUAAAUAAUUGCGAUCGACUAGAACAAUUAUCACUUGAAACGUGUGCGAAACUAACUGAAGAAGGAAUAAAAUCAAAUGGGCGAUGCCAUAAGCUUAAAUCUUUAAAUAUGAACGGUCAGCCGAGUGUUACAGAUUAUUCGUUAGAAUUGAUUAUUUCUGGAUGUACAAAAUUACAAAAACUUGAGCUGAAAUUCUGUCGCAAUGUUACACGAAUAGGAAUACGAAAUUUGAUAAAUUUAAAAUCUUUGAUAUUUCUCGAUGUUUCUGGUGUUCGUAUUUUCGAUUCCGAAAGUGCCAAUUUAUUUAAAAGAUUCCUACCAAAAUGUAAAAUUAUAGCAAAUCAUUGCUCUUAUGCAAAUGAAAUCGAGCAACGUUGGAAAGAUCAAUUGAAAUUAUAUAAACCGCAAAAUUUGAAGAAACAAUUUGAAUAA